AUUUUGCUCAACUUCUCGCCUUAUCUGUAUGAUUUUCUAGCCUAUCUUUGAAUAAAAAAUAAUUGUUCGAGUUUGUUAUAUUUUCGCCGUUUGUUUCAUUAAAAAUGAUGUGCUUUGAAGAGCCGGUUCACUACAAAGCGACUUCUUUUGAUGAUCUCAACGACAUUAUUUCUUUUUUUCAAGAUAAUAAUUUACAAUCUGGUUCCAGUGAUUCGAUCCAACAAACUCAAUUUGUGUCAAGUUCAUGCUAUUUUAACGAAGAAAAUGAACGUAAAAUUAGACGAAUGUUAUCAAACCGGCUAUCUGCUAGAAGGUCCAGAUUGCGCAAGAAAAAACAUUUAGAAAACAUGAGAGUAGAACUAAACCGGUUAAAAGUUUUGAACCGAAAUUUGAAAAACCGGUUGAAUUUAUUCACAUACCAUCGCUAUAUUGUAAGCAAGGAAAAUGAACGUCUUUGUUGUGAGUUGAUAUUGCUAAAGCAAAGACUUUCUCAUCUCUAUAAUCACUCUUUGUUAAGUAUUGACUUAUCUAAUAAUAGUGGUCAUCAAUAAUU